CAUAAUGCAUACAGGUUAGGGACCUCUUCUCUCUUUUGAAAGGGACUUGGCGUUUGUCAUUUGGUCACCGACGGUGAAAGGAUGACAGAUGUCACUUUUGAUUGAAUUUAGUACCGCAUACCGCCGGACAAAUGGAGUGUUUUGCGUGUUGUACAUACACAUUGAACAACACUGCUCAGUCACUCAUGGCUUACACUUCUUUGAGGCACCAAUUGUUCAACACAAUUUAAUUCAAACCUAUGAAAACAUUCUCUCUCUCAUCACCAUCAUCUCAACUUCAUCCCCCGUUCCCCGUUUCCGGAUUUCCCAACUACUCACAGGCUUUCGCCAACAAGAACACUCUUUCUGUCUCGUUUACGUUAAAGGUCAAUCACCUUUUCAGUCUUUACACAAAUUCAAAUCUUUUCGACUUCUUUUUCUCUUUCCCCCCAUAUAUUUUCAAUCAUGUUCCGCUCCGCUUCUGCAUUAAUUGCCAUUGUUUUGGCUGCAACAACAGCUGUUCAAGCACAAGAUAAGCCCACUUUCUCCGUCACAAACUUGCCCGAUAAAUGGGAAAGUGGUCAAACAGGUACAAAUUCUUGUGCUAAAUAUAAGCCAUCCUCUCAAACAAGUCCUUGUCAAAACGUUUUCAUCAACUCCGUUCAAGAUUUCUGUCUUUGGGGUCCACCAGGCGGUCAUGAAACAAUCGGUGACGAUGAAGCAUUGGUCGUCUCAUACUGCACAAAGACCGGUUACGGUACACGUUUGAUCCCUGACGGCACUUUGAAGGGUGCUCAUUUCAUCAAAACAAACGACUUCGUUCAAGUUACUGGAUAUGGUGACUUCACCUCUAUUCACAUCAAGAAGAAGGAUGAAGGUGGUGAAUUAGACCCUCACGGAGCUGAUGGCCGUGGUAACCCACACGGUGGUUUGGUCUUCUCACGUAACGUGAAAGGCCAAGAAGGUAAAUGGGUCCAACUAAAGGAAUGGUCCAACUUUAUGAGCGCAACUGAAUUCUCAAUUCGUGCUUGCUACGGUGAUAAUGCAACAAACUAUUGCCCUCACACUUUGGAUGAAAUGGGAAGUCAAUUCAACCACCCAGGUAGCUACGCCAAGGGAUCAUUCGACAACUGUGAUGCCAACUCCGGUCACUUCCCAGCCGUCUUCCACGGAUCUACUUUCCACCAAGGUGACAAGAACACACCAAGUGGACACAAACCAGGUGCUUCUUCCAACUGCAAGCCAGUCCAAACUGUUAAGAACGGACCAGCCAAGCAAACGCCUUACCGUCGAUCAGAGCCAAUGAGAGCUGAAUUUGAGGAUGCAGAAUAAAUGAAUAAAGAUUGCUCUGCUUUUCUUUAUGGACGAUUACAACAUUUAUUCUUAUCAUAAUCAUCAUCUUAUUUGAACUUUGCAUUUGAAAAACCUACUUUAGCACACCCCACGUAUUCACUUCUUUCAUUUGAUCCCUGGGAACAUUUGUCCUUUUAUUGACAAUAUAUUUUUAUCAACC